AUGUUAAGAGUUUACAGCCACAGCAGACGACUUACGGACGAAGAGAUUUGUGAACUUUUAGAAUGUACUAGUGAUACAGAAUGUUUUAGCAUACGUAGCAACAGUUCAGAAAGUGAAAGUGAUGUACUUGAUGAUAUUGUGAAUGAAAGUGAAGACGAAAUGCAAGAUGUACAAUACACUGAACUUAUUGUAACUGAAACAAAUCACUCAGGUAAACAGUUUAUAACUAAACGUGCUACAUUGUCCAAACCGUAUAAGAAAUGGAAGAAUGUGACAAUUACUGAGGUAAGAGCUUUUAUUGCUUGCUUACUAAUUAUGGGACUCAAUAAAAGUCCCACAAUGCUUCCAUACUGGAGCACAAAACCGUCACAGGCAUUUCCAUGGUUUGGUAAAAUGUUUUCUGCCCACCAAUUUAGACACCUUAUGAAAUGUUUUCAUCUUGUGGAUAGUGAGAAAUGUCCAGCACCAGGCCAUACUGAUUAUGACCCAUGCAUCAAGUACCAGCCAUUGGUAGAUCAUGCUAAUAAUGUAUUUAGACAUCAUUACACACCUCAUGAACAACUUAAGAAGCCAAAAGCCAAAGAUAAGGCUGAGAUUGCAAGACAUGGCUUAGGUUACUGUGUUGUCCAGAAGAUACUGUGUUUGGGCAAUUAUUUGAACAAGGGAUAUCAUAUCUUUGUAGACAACUUUUUCAUGUCAGUACCACUUGUAAAAAGUCUUUAUAAAUUAGGUACAUACAUUACUGGUACUGUAAGAAAAAGCAAGAAAUAUUUGCCAGAGCAAUUUAGAAAGAAAUUUGGAAUUGGAGAAAAGAUGUAUUGUAAGUCAGGUCCGAUACUAGCGUGUGCGUGCCUAGAGAAAGAAUCCCAGCGUACCCCCAUUAUCUUAUUGUCAAGUAAAGUUGGUUCUGGUGAUAUUGAAGUCAAAAAUAAAAAUAAAACAGUAAAAUAG